AUAAAAUAUAAAGUACUGCCUAAUUUAAGCAAUAUAAGAGUUUUUAGCUCUUUAGCUUACUACAAGGAACCUAGCUUGUUUACUAAGAAGCUAGAUUCUAAGGCUAUACCUUUUUACUUAAUAGGCUUUAUAGGGUCUAAUAUCUAUAAACUCUUGUCAGAUAAGAGCGAGCGG